AUGCUAUCACCAAUUUCAUCAGACGAUGAUAUUGAACAGUCGACACUGUUAAUGAUGAAUGAUAAUGUCGAGCAGCAAUUACCGCUUUCGGAAUGUUUGCGACAGUCGUGGACGCCAGCUGUUAAAUUAGCAUUUCCGGUGUAUUCCAAUCAACGACGAGAACUUCCCAUUGAAGAAAGUAUGGAAAGUUAUGAUAUGAUCAGUAUUUGUUCACCGAUCAGAGCAUCUUCUCGAAGACGAAUGGAUUAUUUCCAACAGAAUUCAAGUCGAAGAUCAGAUGACGGAUCACUAAGACGACACAUCUCUAUGUCGUUCGAUUCAAGCUACCUGUCAACUAAUUCCAUCCAAACAUUCUCGCAUGCUUCAUUGACAAAACCUCGAUCGGUGACAGCAUUGCAGAAGACUGUACAAAAAAUGAAUUCAAUCAAAUCCUCAGAUAUAUUUUAUGAUCAAAAAAAAAGUAAGGAUCAUUCGAUAGCAACAAGCAAUUCAUCAUUUCAAUGUAAAACAAACAGUCAAAAUAACAAGAAAAUCAUUCGAAGGCCACAUUCAACUGAUAUUUUUAAAUCACCACAAGCAGCAGCCAGUAGUAGUAGUAGCAAAAAAAGUGACCGUUCCACACCAACAAUGCGACGUCCUUCAAUUGCUUCAACAACUAAGUCACCGUCAUUAUCAUCAAAUUCACAGUCAAUCAUAUUAUUUUGUAUGGAAAAUGCACGAUCAGAUAUAGCAUUAAGAAUUGUUCAACGAAUGGCACACAAACGUGAUGAUUUUGCGCAAUUUUAUGGAAAUUUAAGCAAUGAGCAAUCAACUGAAUUAGUUAUAGCAUUAAAAAAAUUUCUUACUGAUGUGGUACAAAAUAUAACAAAUUCAGAAAAGAUUAGACAAAUAUCGAGUAAAUAUGGUAUUGAGCAAGCUCAUAAACGUAGUUGGGGCUUUAAAGCAGAUUUCUUUUCUGUUUUAGCUGAUGCGCUUACAACCGAAUGUGUUUUUCUGGAUGGUGCUGCUCAUCAGCCUACCGAAACAAUUGAAGCUUGGGCUACGUUAGUUGAAUUAAUGUUUACAAACGUACGUGACGGCUAUUAUAUGGAGACUCGACAACUACGGCGCAACUGGCACAAUUUUCGUAGUCAAUCAAAUUUAAGCAGUCAAUCAGAUCAAAGUCUCGACAGCGACCCAUCCCAUUCCCUACCAUCACUAAAUCAUAUGUUCACCACAGUUUAA